GCCGCAUUAAGAGAGGGCACAGGGGAGAAAUUACUCCCCCCCUCACCCCACUGCCAGUUACUUUAAUAAGUGCAGCCACUGCUGCAGUGAACAUGAAAUUCCGAAAAGGGGGCGGGGCUAAACGGCACUGUACACACAGUGCCAUGCCAGCCAGCAACAGCGUGGGAGAGAGGGAAGAGCAGCACAGCCUAUACAGUAUAGAACAAAGCAUUUCCCCUCCUGAUACUGACAGGACCAUGAGCGUCUUCCCAGCGCUGACCCUGGUGGUCUCCUUCCUCCUCCCACUCUUCUUCCUCCUCUUGUCCUGGAGACGACAUAAGAAAUACCAGUUCCUACCCCCAGGACCAGCUCCACUCCCUUUUCUGGGGACACCCAAAUAUAUCGGAGACGUUGCUGCCCUCAAAUACUACCCAGAGCUAUGUAAGAAGUACGGUCCACUCUUCACCCUAUGGAAAGGAAUGGACCCUGUUGUGGUUCUCUGUGGCUAUGAGGUCAUCAAAGAUGCAUUGCUAAAACAUGCCGAGGAGUUCAGUGGGCGUCCAUACACUGCGGUAACUGAGCACUACAGCGGCGGACACGGUUUCGGCAGCAGUAAUGGUGAGAGGUGGUGCCAGCUGCGCAGAUUUUCAGUGGCGUUACUCAAGAAUCAUGGGUCGCAUAAGAUGGACAUAGAGAAACUGGUGUCAGAGGAGACCCAGAGCCUCGUCCAAGCUGUGUCACAACAUGAAGGAAAGGCCUUCAACUCUUACAAUCUUAUGGCCGGUGCUGCGGGAAAUAUGAUCAUGCACAGACUGAUCGGGAAGCGCUUUGAUUAUGAGGACCCAGAUUUACAGGAGAUUAUUGAAGUUGCAAGAGACUUUAUACUGAAUUUUCAUUGCACCUUGCACGAGAUCGCAAACACAUUCCCAAUUCUCAUCAGAAUGCCGAUUAUUAAUCAGAAAAUCUUCAAGGCGAGCUCCCACAUGAAAUCCUUGGUCCAAAACUUCAUCGAUCAACACAAGCAGACGCUAAACCCUGCCGCACCCAGAGACUUCACCGACCUCUUCUUAAUGAAGAUAAAAGAGGAGGAACACAUGCCGGGGAGCCAUUUCUGUGAAAACAACCUCCUGAUAUCGUUGAUAGACAUGAUCGGAGCUGGAUUUGAUGCCACAAGUUUUUCCACAAAUUUUUCUCUGGUUCUAAUCAGCAAUUACCCAGAAGAGCAAAGGAAAGUCCAGCAGGAGAUUGAUGAUGUGACCCAGUCACUGCGCCCACCUGGGUUCAUGGACCGGGCACAGAUGCCGUACACUAACGCCGUGAUACAUGAGAUACAGAGGGUCUUAGACCUGGCACCUACAGCUCAUUACCACGCGGUGACCAAGGACACUCAGUUCCGAGGAUACACUCUCCCUAAGGGAACAACAGUGUCCCCAUUCCUUACAUCAGUGCAUUAUGACUCCACCCAGUGGGAGACCCCCAAUGAGUUCAACCCGGGGCACUUUCUCGAUGAAAAGGGGCAGUUCCGAACAAGACCAGCGUUUAUGCCGUUUUCAGCAGGGCCACGUAUCUGUGCUGGAGAGGCCCAUGCUCGCAUGACACUAUUCACAUUAUUUGCUGUUCUGCUCCAGAAAUUCACCUUCACCCCGCCCCCUGGGACUGAGCGCCAGGACUUGAAAAGCCUGACACUAGACAGGGAUACAACCGUUCUUAUAACUCAGGUCUGCGCUAUUCCCCGCUCCGUGUCAGCCUAAGGACUUUCAUCUAGACAAAAAGUGACCACUGUAUGGACACAAGGCAUGUAAUGUCACUUCAUUGCCCAAGAAGGAGCUUUCUGUAAUACUGGGUCUUUAUGAGAAAUACUUAUUGGAAUGUAAUGUUCACCAUUUAAAAAUCUAGAUACAUUU